CUGCUCCUCCUGCGUUGCCUUUGCGCCAAACGGAGGCACCGGGAGGGGCGCUUCCCGGGCUGCCUCCUCCCCGAGAGCCGCCUCCAUCCCGCCUCCCUCUCGCCUCCCUGCCUCCCUGCCUGCCUUCUUCCCCGGAGCCCAGCCCCGCCGCAGCCCUUUCCGCCUCGGGACGCCCCAGGGAUCGGGGCCAGGAGAGGAAGAGAGCAGGGCUAUCCCCAUCCAUCCACCCAUCCCUCCAUUGAUCCCCCCGGCAGCAUGACGCUCAAAGGCGGGCAGGCAGGCGACGGCGCGAGCCGCAUGCGGACAGCCCUCUCGGACCUCUACCUGGAGCACCUGCUGCAGAACAGGCCCAAGGCCGAGGCAAUUCCCUGCCCUCUGAAUGCAGUGACUGAGGAUAUUUACACCAAUGGCUCAGCCAUGCUGGGCAGCCCAGUCCACGCCAAUGACCGGGAGAUGCGAAAAAUCAGGUUUAUCCAGUUUGAGAAAGUCACGGAGGAACCCAUGGGCAUCACGCUGAAGCUGAAUGAAAAGAAGAGCUGCAUGGUGGCCAGGAUCCUCCACGGAGGAAUGAUUCACAGGCAAGGCUUCCUUCAUGUGGGGGAUGAGAUCCUAGAAAUCAAUGGGAAGAGUGUCAGCAACCACUCUGUAGACCAACUGCAGAAGAUACUGAAAGAAACCAAGGGCACAGUGUCCCUAAAGGUCCUUCCAAACCAACAGAGUCGCAUUCCUGCCCUUCAGAUGUUCAUGAGGGCUCAGUUUGACUACGACCCCCAAAAGGACACUUUGAUACCGUGUAAAGAAGCCGGGCUGAAGUUUCAGACAGGAGAUGUCAUUGAGAUCAUCAACAAGGAUGACAGUAACUGGUGGCAAGGCCGGCUGGAGGGCUCCUCCACUGGAUCCGCAGGACUCAUCCCUUCCCUGGAGCUACAAGAGUGGCGUGUUGCAAGCACAACCCAGGGGAACCCCACGCAAGCCCAGAGCUGUAGCCCUUUUGGGAAAAAGAAGAAAUGCAAAGACAAGUACUUGGCGAAACACAGCUCAAUUUUCGACCAGCUGGAUGUGGUGUCUUACGAAGAGGUGGUGAGGCUGCCGGCCUUCAAACGGAAAACCCUGGUGCUGAUAGGAGCCAGCGGGGUUGGCCGGAGUCACAUCAAGAAUGCCUUGCUCAGCAAAAGUCCUGAGAAGUUUGGCUAUCCUAUUCCAUACACCACUCGGCCCCAGAAGAAGAACGAAGUGGAUGGGAAAGACUACCAUUUUGUUUCCACGGAGGAAAUGACGAAGGAUAUUGCUGCCAAUGAAUUCCUGGAGUUCGGGAGCUACCAGGGCAACAUGUUUGGCACCAAAUUCGAGACGGUGCAUAAGAUUCACGAACAGGACAAGAUAGCCAUUUUGGACAUUGAACCCCAGACGUUGAAGAUUAUCCAUACGGCCGAGUUUUCUCCUUUCAUCGUGUUCAUUGCUCCAACUGACAAGGCCAAUGAGACGGAAACCUUGCAACUGCUUCAGAAAGACUCCGGGGCCAUCAGGAGCAGAUAUGCCCAUUAUUUUGAUCUUUCGCUUGUGAAUAACGGCAUCGACGAGAGCCUCGGGCAGCUCCAGGCGGCGUUUGAGCGGGCAUGCAGCUCUCCACAGUGGGUCCCCGUUUCCUGGGUGUACUGAGCUGGAACUGGAAGAAGUCACUCCCAGAAAUCCCCCUCAAUACAUAGCAUGCGGAGAACUUGGAGGGCCACCCACUCCCCUGCUCAACGCUUGGCACAGGCCUUCUGCUCCUACCUCAGAGCAGCUGUUACUUCUGGAUCAGGCACCCUUGAAAUACGAGGGUUAUCCAGAAAGUAAGGUUACAAGAUCUUUUUUAAAAUGCAAAGAAUGAAUAUAUUUUAAUAAAACUUAACAUGGAUUGUAGCAUAGGUAUUACAUCAUUUUUCUACACAAUCACCAUUCUGUUCAAAACAUUUUGUCAUCCGUGGGAUGAGUUUUUGAUGCCUGUGUCAUAGAAGUUUCCCUCCACCUUUUUCAGCCAGUUUUUCAGUUCGAUUUUCAUGUCGUCGUCGUUAUCAAAAAAGUGUUUUCCACCCAGGUGUUCCUUCAAUUUAGUGAACAGAUGAUAGUCACUGGGAGCGAGAUCGGGGUUGUCAAAGGAGUGGCUUAAAACAUCCCAACCAAAGGAAGUCAACAACUCUUGUGUUGCAUGAGCGGUGCGCGGACACGCAUUGUCAUGAAGGAGAAAGACUUCUGCCAUCAGCAUCCCAUGAUGUUUGUUUUUGAUGGCUCUGUGAAGUUUCUUCAUGUCUCAUGAUAUAUUCUGCACCCAUUUUGUCACAUUAUGUUCUCUCCAUAAUCGAUUUCAUGACGAAUCACAGCGGCAUUCAUGCCCUUAGCAUUUUAGGUAGUGUAUUACAGCACAAACUUUGCACUUGGAGGGAAACGGAAUGAGGACACUCAUCUCUAACCUUCACAACAUCAGUUGAUGAGCUACUGACGACUGGCACUGCUCGUUCGCUUCCACUGUCUUUCCGCAAUACAUUUUGUCAUCCGCGUGACGAGUUUUUGAUGCCUGUGUCAUAGAAGUUUGUCACUUCAAUUUUCACCUCGUUGUCGUCGGAAAAGUGUUUUCUACCCAGGUGUUCCUUCAAUUUAGUGAACAGAUGAUAGCCACUGGGAGCGAGAUAGGGGUUGUGAGAGGGAUGGCUUAAAACAUCCCAACCAAAGGAAGUCAACAAAUCUUUGUAUUGCAUGAGUGAUGUGCGGACGCGCAUUGUCAUGAAGGAGACAGACUUCUGCCAUCAGCAUCCCACGAUGUUUGUUUUUGAUGGCUCUGCGAAAUUUCUUCAUGGUCUCAUGAUAUAUUCUGCACACAUUUUGUCACAUUCUGUCCUCUCCAUAAUCUGAAACCAUUUCACGCAGUGGCAUUCAUGCCCUUAGCAUUUUAGGUAGCGUAAUACAGCGCAAACUUGGAGGGAAGCAGAAUGAGGACGCUCAUCUCUAACCUUCACAACGCCAGUUGAUGAGCUACUGACGACUGGCACUACUCUUUCGCUUCCACUGCCUUCCUGCAAUACAUUUUGUCAUCUGUGGGACGGGUUUUUGAUGCCCGCACACGCAUUGUCAUGAAGGAGACAGGCUUUCGCCGUCAGCAUCCCAUGACUUUUGUUUUGGAUGGCUCUGCAAAGUUUCUUCAUGGUCCCACAAUAUAUUCCGUACCCAUUUUGUCAUAUGCUGUCUUGACAUUAUGUCCUCUCCCAUAAACUGAAAUGAUUUUGUGAUGAAUCUCAGCAGCAUUCAUGCCCUUAGCAUUUUAGGUAGCAUAUUACAGUGCAAACUUUGCACUUGGAGGGAAACAGAAUGAGGACGCUCAUCUCUAACCUUCACAGCGCCAGUUGAUGAGCUACUGACGACUGGCACUGCUCGUUCACUUCCACUACCCGCUAUACAGCAAUGAUACCAACUUCUGAGAAAAUUCCCUACGUGCCUUGUAACCUUACUUUCCGGAUAACCCUCGUAAUAACGAAGUGUGCCCUGAGACACCCUGAGGAGUGUGGCACCAGAGAAGCCAUGGAGGGAGGAUGAACCGUCUCCAAUAAACACACCUCUCUAAAUUACAUCAAAAGCCAUAAACUGCGAGUGGUCAGAGGAGCAAAGCUCUUUUAGAAAUAUUAAAUAUUUUUGCCUCUGUUUUA